AUGCCACGGUCAGGAGUUUCACCCGUGCAUCCUUCAAGGUUGCCAUUUCCAGGAAGCCGAAAGAAAAAGAGCUGGACACCUUGGCCGGCGGAUGGGCCAUUGAGAGUCGGACAAUUUGCGGUCCCUUCAGCAACCCAGGCCGAUUGCAACGCUGCCUUGAAGAUUAACCCGGACAGCGGGAAGGCAUAUCGCGUUCGCGGAAGGGCCAAUCGGUUUCUCGGUCGCUGGGAAGAGGCGCACCAAGACUUGGCGGAGAGUCAGAAGCUGGACUUCGACGACGACACGGCCGAGUUGCAGAAGCUGGUGGAUGCGAAGUACAAGAAAAUCGCAGAGAAGAAGAAUCGCGAUCGGUUGAAGGCUGAAAAGAAAAAGGAGCAGGAAAGGAAGCGAAGAAAAGAGGAGGCUCAGCGUGCCUACGAAGAGGCCAAACAGAAUCCCUCGGGAGGAGGCUAUGGUGGCUUCCCAGGAGGCUUCCCAGGUAUGGGCGGCAUGGGCGGCAUGGGCGGCAUGGGUGGCAUGCCCGGCAUGCCCGGCAUGGGCGGCAUGGGCGGCAUGCCCGGCAUGCCAGGAAUUGACCCCAGCAUGCUGAGCGGCAUCAUGAGUGAUCCUGAGCUCAUGCAGGCCUUCCAGGACCCCAGGAUGGCGCAGGUAAUGCAGGACAUCAUGGCGAACCCCGGGAACAUCGCGAAAUAUCAGAGCGAUCCAGAAGUCAUGGGCCUCAUCAACAAGGUGAUGGGAGCCUUUUCCAAAGGCGGCGGCAUGCCCGGUGGCAUGCCCGGCGGCAUGCCCGGCGGCAUGCCCGGCGGCAUGCCCGGCGGCAUGCCCGGUGCAGCUGGUGCAGCGCCCGGAGGCGCCUCUGGCCCCACCGUCGAGGAGGUUCCUGAGUCCAACGUGGACGAGGUGGACUGA